AUGGGCAAAGAAAAGAUGGAAAUCGCGGCUGAGUUUUUGUCCAAUUACAGCUCUGAAUUUUUCAACUGCCUUUACUGUGGCAAAGAUGAAGCAUCGGCCCUCAAGUUCCUUCACCACACAAAAAACUGCCCAUCCCGGGCACAUGCACCAGGGGAUUCGCAGGCGCCAACUGACAAAAUGGCAAAAAAAUGGGCCGAGUUCAGACUUGGAUUUAACAUUUGGAGAAAGAUUUCAAAUAUUGCCUUCGAAAAGGACGUUAAGGAGGAGAUGGAGUGCUACUGCUCAGAUCCAAAUGAGGAGCCAGACCUCACAUGCUCAGCGAGACGAGUUUGUGUCUACAAGAACCAAGCCGAAUCAAUUCUGGAAGCGAUCAAAGAUAGCUACAAAACCUAUCUCACACUACGAACGCAACUCAAUCGCCAGCGGGAUUUCAGCAGCAUUUUCAAAAAGAAAAAACAAUUGAAACAGUUGAUGAAGGAGAACGAGGCGAGCGAUGAACCAGACAAAAGGAAGAACUAUGAAGAACUUUUAAAUUCAACUUCCUACGAUAUCAGUGACGCACUUCUAACUAACUUCAUGGAAGAUGUAAGAUCGACGGUUCAUUCAGAAGAAGAGACCUACUCGCAACUUCUCAAAGUGAUCAACUUAUUGAAGACUAAUGACUUGGAAAAUUUACAAAAGAAAGACGAAGUGGACAUUUAUGAAGGUGGAGUAAGUGACAAAGAAAUGGACGAUGCUGAUUCGGAUCGUAGAAUGCGUCUAAGCGUUGAUUGGGUGAACCAAUCAAUUCGGAAAAUGUGGCGCCUAUCGAAAGAUAUCGAUAAACACACAGUUGCAACAUUACAAGCUGCAGAAAAUGCGAUUGAAGAUCUGAAUAUCGAUGUGCUGCAAGUUGCAUUCUUCAAUUUCCAACAGAGAAUUCGAUUGGCUAAUGAUAUCUGGACUUCCGCGGUGAUGACCAUGCGCAAGUGUCAAGAGUUGUACGAGACGGAAUAUUAUGACCUCGUUCAAUUUGGAGUGCAGUUUGAUCCAACGCCUGUUCCUGAGCCGUUCUUGUCUCCGUCUCCUCCAAUAUUUCAAUUGAGACACACCGUGCGACCGCUUGUAAAACUGAGAUUCGUAUUGGACAAGUACUAUAACUACCAAUUUCGAGACGUGGACACUAUUAGAGAGUGUUGGAGAGAGAAAAUCAGAAAAUUGAAGGCUGGACCACCGAUGAAUAAAGAAGACAAAGCUGGAUUUAAUCUUUUUCAAGGACUGUUGAAGCAGAUUCUCGCAUUUCUCGAUGAGUACAAUUUACGUCCUUACCGUUCAAUGGGAACCAAAGAGAAGUUUGAUGAAGUUGGAUCCUGCAACUUCGAAACCAUGCUGUUCCAAGUUGGAGAAGUUCUACAUCCUGAAGAUUCAAUUAUUACCGAUGAAGAUAAUGAAGAGAUUGAGAAAUGGAUUGCACCAGAAAUCAGAGAACCCACUUAUUCGAUUGUUCAGUUACAAAACGCUCAAGCAGCCAUAAAACUGACAUUGAAAAAAAAAUCAAGGAAAAGGAAACGUAAGGCGGCGGCUACUGACAGUAGUGAAUAUGAUGAUGUAAGCGGAACAAAUACUCCAGAUGAUCCAAUAAGUAAAGCCCGCUUUCCGAAAAUUCGAAGAAACGCUAUGCCACCUACGGCAACUGGUUUAUUACUUCAGCUUGCUCAGCGAGCCAAGCAGAAUAAGGAGUUGGAGGAAGAGAAAUCAGCUAAUCGAAAAUGUAAAAUCAAUUAUGAUGAAUUUGAAGAUGAUCCAAUGGCGUAUUCCUUGCUGGCUGAUGAACCAGCCCGUGAAAAAACUGUGGUGACUGGAAAAGCUGAAGAUCCUUCAAACAUUUCUCUGUUCAACGGCACCCCAAAGAAUUCACCGAAAAGAAAAUUUGUUUCCAAGAACAACAGUAUCCUUGUGACAAUAGAACAUCCGGAAGAAGUAAGACAAUCAAUUCGAAAUUCUUCUAAAAAUGGAUCUAAGUCGUCGAAUUCCUAUGAAGUGAUGGAAUCAGUAGGAAUGGGUGGCAUCGGACAGGUUGUAGAAGAUGCCGACAAACAGGCAGCUAUUGAUAAGAAAACCCAAGAGGAACUUGAUCGUCUUUUUGCGGAAGAACUCAUGCGAGAGGAAAUUGCAGCCAGUCUGGCACGAAAUCGAGUUCAUAAGUAUUUUGGCGUAAUGGAUCAUAGAGAGUUUUAUGGAUAUCCAGUUGAAGAGAAGAAACAUGAUUUGGAUAAACAGCAUUUGAAACUUUUAGCCAAAUCGAAGAGAUUCAAAAGGGCAGAAGGAGAUUACCUAGCUGGAAAUUGUAUGGUGUCACAUAGAAAAGAAAACGCUCAGAACCGAACACCAGAGCCAAUUAUGGAUUCCGGCAAAGAAAUUGUGGAUGUUCAAGUAAACGAGACGAUGAAAUUCAUUCUGGCUAUGGUAGCUGACAGGCAUACUGAUGUCAUGGUUGAUCAACCCGGAGAGGAUGUUAGUGCAAGUCAAAGCCAAGAAAAUGAUAAUUAA